AUGGCUACGCUCCAACUGGAAAAGGUGAGCGAACCAGUACCCCAGAACGAGCACGGCGUAACUACGGUGUUCGUCGACGUGGGCAAUACGAAAUUUGGAACUCCUGUUACCCUUGGUGAGAAGAGCCCCAUCGCCAACUUCCUGGACAAGACAAGGGGCGGUACCCCUCACGUUUGUCUGGAAGUCGACGACAUCGAGGCAGCCGUGGCUGACCUGAAGCAAAAGGGCAUCCGCAUGCUGGCCGAGAAGACGCGCAUCGGAGCACACGGAAACCAGUUCAUGUUCUUGCAUCCAAAGGAUUGCGGAGGUGUCCUCGUCGAGCUGGAGCAGGCGUAGAUUCAGUGCUCUUGGUCGAGUCGCAUU